GACUCACGGAGAAGCACGCCGACUCGUUUAACCGCGAGGGUUUUCCAUUGAUUAUUAUUGUGUAAAUACACAUUUACUGUUUCGAUAUAAGGGUCCACGUUCGGUAUAGCAGUUCGAGUGUUUCGCCAUUCACACUCUGAAAAUAAAGAUCCUAGAAAUUGUUAGCUAUAAAAUCCGGCAAAAUGGGAAACGUACUAGCAGCCUCUGCACCUCCUCCACCUCCACCGCCACCACCAUCUCCAGGUUUGAUGCCAAAUUUAGGAAAACAAGAUUCUUCUACGGGGUUGUACGUACCCUCCGAAGCCAUGGAUCGUUUGGAAAAUCCAGGGACGAUCGAAGACCUUCACAAGAAAUGUAAAGAUGUGUUUCCUGUAAAUUUCGAGGGAGCAAAGCUAAUGUUCAAUAAAGGCCUCAGCAAUCACUUCCAAAUUUCCCAUACAAUAAACAUGAGUUCCUUCACACCAUCGGGAUACAGGUUUGGCGCAACUUAUGUUGGUACAAAGCAGCCUGUACCUUCAGAGGCUUAUCCUGUGUUAUUGGGUGACAUUGAUCCAUGCGGAAACCUUAAUGCUAAUGUCAUUCAUCAGUUUGGCCAAAGACUAAGAGGAAAAUUAGCAACCCAAGUACAAAAGAGUAAAUUUACAGCAGUCCAAAUGACAACAGAUUAUCGUGGUGAUGCUUACACAGUGUCGUUGACUCUGGGUAAUCCAGACAUACUUAAUGGUUCUGGCGUUUUUGUGAUGCAUUAUCUUCAAAGCGUAACGUCGUCUCUUGCACUUGGCGGUGAACUCGCUUAUCAGCGAGGCCCUGCUGUGCCAGGAGGUCAAAUAGCUGUCGUUUCCGCUGCUGGAAGGUAUACUAAUGGAGAGUCGACGAUCAGUGGAAGUCUAGGAUUAACCGGUUGCCACCUCUGUUUUCAUCAAAAAGCUAGUCAGCAGUUGCAAGUCGGCGUGGAGUUAGAAAUUAAUUCUAGAUUACAGGAAUCCACUGGAACUAUUGCUUAUCAAAUCGAUUUACCAAAAGCCGAUCUAGUGUUCAGAGGAAGCGUCGACACAAACUGGACUGUUGGCGCUGUCCUGGAAAAGAAAUUACAGCCAUUGCCAUUCUCGUUUGCGUUAAGUGGUAUGAUGAAUCAUAAUAAACAACAGUUUAGAUUGGGCUGUGGAUUGAUAAUUGGUUAAGGGUAGCCUGUAGUCCAAUAUUGGUUGCGUAUGUGAUCUAGCCAAACGAUUGGAAGGAAAGCGACGGGAGUAUCUCGAUUUCUGUGCACUCCGCUCAAGAGAACGUUGUAAUUAGUAUCAAUAAUGCCCAUCUAAUGCCCUUCGUUUAUUUACCUUAUCAGCUCACGAUCGUGUCUAUACGAUCGUAUUGAUUGAUUAUAUUUAUUAAAGAAACACCGUACCAACAGGGUUUUUUGUCGCUGUGUAUGUUCCUUCAUUCUGCGGCAUGCGUAGUAGUUCAUUGUUUACUUUACAUACAGUUGAUCGGUCAGUGAGUUAAAUUGUUAAAUUUUACUGGUGUCUAUCAUUUUUACGAUAUUCAUUCUAGUUUCGUUGGACGAAGAGAUUGCAUUUACGUUUGUACAUUCUCGUCGUCCGCGUGUACAGGUGUAUAAAAAUGUAUUUAAUAAUCCGGAAAGUAGCGUGAAGUUUUUAUGUAAAUUUUAUAUACAUAUAUAAAUGCGUGCCGAAACACGCCCAUACGCCUUGGAUUUACGUUGUAACGACAUUUUAUGAGAUUACAUCGAGUUCCAGAAAUUGUUGACAACUGUUAGACAAAGAUUUAUUACUGCCAUUCAAAUUCUGUCGAUACCAUCAUGUUUUUUAGUGAAUAUUCAUCCUUUUUUCUUAAGUGAGAAAGUAGUCAUUUUCAGUUUUGAACUUUUUUAUUUCAUUUAUUCGAAAAAUACUGGUUAGUGUGUCUUCGAUUUAUAUCGUAUGUAAUCAAUGUAGUGUGCACCGCUUGCAAGAAAAAAGAAAAAGUAAAGAAUGUAUAUUGCAAAAAUAGAUGCGAAAGGCAGUGCGAUUAAUUCGAGGAAACGUAACUCUCGUUCGUACCCGCUUUCUCAUAUGCGUACAAAAAUAGAGAAAGUGGGAAGAAACAUGUUGAAAUGAAUGAUUAAAGAAUCUGGCCAGAAUCAAAUACGAUCAAAUGAAAUUAGAAUAAAAUUGACAUUAACAAACUGUU